AUGACGGAGGAAGAGGAAUCCAAAAGAGUUUCCGUGCAAGUAUCCUCCUUGUCAACACAACUUAUCCAAAGCAUCGAUAGGCAGUCGCAUUUAGAGGAACAGCUCUUACAGGCCCGAAAAGUAAUCAAUGGUCAAAAGGAAUCUCUCGAAGCGCUGAAAAGCCUGGAAAAUCAAGUCAAACGUCUCCAAAGGGAUGUUGAGGCUGAAAAGGCUUACAACGCCAAGAAUUUAAGCAUUUUGCAGGCCGAAAAACAAGCCAAAGAGUUGGCACAAGCAGAAAGCGAUAGGCUCAAUAAAGAGGUUGAAGAUUUGACAGCCUCCCUGUUCGAUGAGGCCAACGCCAUGGUAUCUGAUGCCCGCAAGGAAACAUAUAGCUACCAAGUCAAGAACUCUAAACUGAAUGAGCAACUCCAGGAGAAAGAUUCACUGCUAGAUACCCUAGAGAUCCAACUGAAAAACUUAAAAGCUGUCUUAUACAGUUUAGAAGAUGAGAGUAUUACUGUCGCCAAAUCGAGUCGCAAUUCGAUUGCGGCUAACGAGAAUGCAACACUGUCAAGCGGGUCUUUAGAUAAUACUAUGAACGCUCUGAACGGAACAUUGUCGGCGCCGAACACUGCUCUGUUCUCACCAUACCUCAAUUCUCUGCGUUAUGAUUUGAGACUGUUCCAUGAGUUCUUAACGUUUGUUGCUGUUUUGCCGCAAUGUUCAUCGAUCAAGGAAACCUCAUCACACUCAAAGCUUUUAAGGAGAUUAAUUAAUGAUGAAAUCCAGCCAAUGUUGCGACUAGAUAAUGCCAGUGGCGUUGGAUGGUACGUGAGGCGAAAUUUAAUGACACUUAUGAUCGAGGGAAUGGUUGUUGUUGAACCCGUUAGUGGCAUAAAUGAAACCUAUCGCGUAGGACACUCUACCAACCAGGGAAACAGUUCGCCUCAAAUAUCUAAACCAGAUAAGGCAAGAGACUCGCACCUUUACAACUAUCCUCUAGACUCACCACCAGUUGCAAUUCAAGACCCCUGUGCAUUUUGUUCCGAGAGCCGCAACGACAUAUUAGAACACGGAAGGCUCUACGUUUUGAAAACCCUACAAAAGAAUGAGGAUGGAGAAUUAGAAACAAGCGCACAGUUCCCAUUGUGCCACUACUGCUUGCUCAAAAUCCGACAAACUUGCGAGAUAUUUGCAUUUCUAAGAUUAUUGCGAAGUGGCGCGUGGCAUUUAGAAGAUGUGGCGUUAUCGGACGUUUCUAAGGAUGCAGCAACUACUCAGACAUCUGCUUUUGUGCCGGAAAGUGCUAAACUCGAAAAAAGGUCGAAACGGAUGAGUUUUAUGGCGGGGCUAUCCAAGUCGCUGCCUUCAAAGGGAACAAAUGCUUCAGGAAAAGUGCCCAUUUUUUCAGCACAGGGCUCAACCCCAGUCACCAAUAUCCAGCGGGCCUGGGCUCAGCUUUGCAAGCUGCGUGCUUCGCUGCAUUGGGCGCACAUCGGAGUUUGGUCUUUGGAAGAUAGUCUGGAGACAAAGCUUGGACCUGUUGUCAUCGACUCAAUGGGAGAGCAACAGCCAGCAUCACCACAAGAACGUCUUUUAACAGCAUCUGGUCAAACUCAAGAUUCGUUUACUAUACACAAGGAAGAACAUGCUGAUAGUGAUAAAGAGUUCGACUUCGAACAAAUGGCCAAGUCGAACUUGAAGAGCGAGACCAGCCCGCAAAAACUAGAAUCUAAAGCGAACGAUCAAAAUAACAAGCAAGAGUCGCAUACAGAAGAAGAAGAUGUUGGGAGAGAAAAGAAAAUGUCGUCUGAUCAAGGUUCUUCAACGAAAAAGGCUAGCAAUGAAGUUUUAACAGAAACAAAUGCACAGGAUAUGGAUGAAUUGUCAACAACUGCUUCGAAAGGCGCGCUAAAUAUAAACUUGAAUGGGCAAGAAAUUAAAUCAGAAAGCGUUGCCACUGUAGAGCCAAGUUCCAUUGACGAGUCCUCUUCUCAGGAAAAAGGACCUUCCAAAUCUACGAAUGCGCCAUCCGUGGACCCUAAAUAUCAAGCUGAACGCUCCAAUGAUUCUGUGAACAAGAAAGACACACAUGCACUUGAAAGUUCGACUGAUUCGGAGUUUAAAACGUCCAGUGUGGCCAAUAGGUCUCAGAGCGCUACCGACGAUGAAGAGUCUGCGUUUGAUGAUGCUCGCAGCAAUCUUUCUUGA